CUCGUCCCUCGCACAUUCUCAAAGUCCCUCUGACAUUUUCUCUCUCUCUCUCUCACACUUAACCGGAUAGAAACUACUUAACCGGAAAAAUGGCUGGAGGCCUCGGAAAAUGCAGUAAGAUUCGUCACAUUGUGAGGCUGAGACAGUUGCUUCGACGGUGGCGCGACCAAGCACGGAUGUCUUCUUUCAGCCGAAGUGUCCCGUCUGAUGUACCGUCAGGACACGUUGCUGUCUACGUGGGGACCAGUCGCAGAAGAUUUGUCGUGCGUGCAACGUAUCUGAACCAUCCUGUCCUAAGGAAUCUUCUGGUUCAAGCGGAGAAAGAGUUCGGUUUUGUGAACCAAGGUCCGUUGGUUUUCCCUUGUGAAGAAUCGGUUUUCGAGGAGUCGGUUCGGUUUAUAUCCCUCUCUGGUUCAACCCGGUCAAGAGGGUUUACUUCUCCCGACGUUUUCAAGAAGAACUGUCACGUGGAGAUCAGAAGCAAGCGUGAUCUAUGGAUUGAAUCUCGGCCGUUGCUUCACGGCGUCUCCGAGAAAGCAAUAUGGUGAUCAUCACUUGUCGGUGACGUACAAGAAAAUGUAUCGAAGCCAGUUUUGGAAUAAUGGUAAUUGACAUUUAUGUUUAUUUAUUUGUUUCGUGCUGAGUGAGGAGACUACUGAGAUGAGUCAGACACGGUGGCGAAUAGUGGCCGUGAAAGGUGGCUGAGUCAUUCUACCGAGUCGGUGUUGUGAGUGUUGGCUGUAUAUCCUCCAUUUUCAAUUAAAUUGUAAAUAUGAUUUUCUAACGAAUAAUAUGUAAAAUUCCACAGCAUUAUUAUGUUAAUGAUCAUUAUUCUUA